AUGGCAUUGCAAACUAUUCGGCGAGCGGUUCUGGGGCAGACUCGUCAGCCGCCCAACUAUCCAUCGAACCCGACUGACACCAUACUGCCUGUCUACUAUUUCGAUGACACGCCACUCUUGCGCAAUUGUGUGCAAUGCUGGACACUGAGAUUCAACGAGCCACUCGAUGCGGAAAUGCUGCGCUGCGCUCUCUCUGAUGUUCUUGAUCGACCAGGAUGGCGGAAGCUAGGAGGGCGUAUUCGCAUGAAUGGAAAAGGAAAGUUGGAAAUUCACAUUCCUCAGGAGUUUACUUCAGCACGUCCCGCACUCAAAUUUCACCAUGAAGAGUACAAAGUCGGCAUAGACGAGCAUCCUCUGGCUUCGAAGCUACCAAAGCCCACGCCAGACCGGCCAUCUAUCCAAGACAGGUCGGACUUUACAUCCUUGGGUGUCCCUCAAGGAACUCCACUCUGCCUCAAUGACUACCUCAAGUCUGAUCACCCUCAGUUGACCCUCCAUGUCGUGUCGUUCACAGAUGCGACUCUGGUCUCGAUCUGCUGGCCUCAUAUUGCUGUCGAUGCCAUGAGCCUCCGCGAGCUCGGCAUUGCUUGGAGUCUUGCACUGUCCGGUAGGGCUCCGGAGAUCUUACCUAUGUUAUCUUCAGGUGACGAUUCAAUGGGCCAGGCAGGAAACGACCCUGCUUUUACGAAGCCUUAUUCUCUCGUACAACACCAGGUUAAUGGCUGGCGGGUGUAUGUAUUUGUGCUUUUUUAUGUUUUCGAUUUGAUAUGGCGGCGGAAAAUGGAGAGUAAAACUAUCUUUUUGCCGCGAAAGAAUGUUAAACAGCUUCGCAACGAGGCUAUGGAAUCUGUCAAGGAGAACGGCUCAUCUCCAUUUAUCAGCGAGGGUGACACCAUAAGCUCUUGGCUUUCGAUAUUCGUGGCAUCAGCUCUCUUCCCGCGAGGUUCAAAACGACCAUUCACCAUUGGCAAUGCAUAUGAUCUGCGAGGACGCGCACCCUCUAUUUUUCCUGCCGGGAGUGAUCAGGGCGCAUAUGUACAAAAUGCGAUAUUCCCCUGCUGGACAAUUAUACCUGCAGAUUCUAUGCACCACCGCAAACCUAACAGCCUUGGCAACAUUGCUCUGGCACUUCGAACCACUAUUCAGCAACAAACAACAGAAGACUCGAUUCAUGCUCAAGCACGGCUUACUCGAGAGUCGCUGGACUUCGCUGGUAUACCGCCCAUAUUCGGAGAUGCCAACCUGUUCUACAUUCAGUUCACCAAUUGGUCGAAGUGCAAUUUCUUCGAAGCCGUCGACUUCUCAGCAGCGAUUACUGAAAACCCGAACUUUGUCACUGCCCAAAAGGCUUCAUCUUCCUGGCAAAAUUCUGACCUCACUCGAGGCCAUCCAGUCUACUACCAUUCCCUUGGUAUUAGUCCGAACAAUGCCCUGGGAAGAAACAUAUCCGUCAUUUCGAGAACACCCAAUGGUGAUUACUGGAUCGACGGAUGCUAUCCACCAGAGGUCUGGAAGGCAAUGGAAUCGAGGAUUGGAACACAUAGGGCUUGA